UGUUUCUUCCAUUUAUUCGCUGCUCCUUCCUCUUCAUCGCGCGGUAGCGAAGGCUUUCAAAAGAGUAAUCUCAGAUUCUCAAAAGAUUCUUCGCGGAUUGGAGAAAUUCUCACAAUACAUGAAUAAUGUGUACAAACUCCAUUGUUGUAUAAUCAAAACUUGCAAGCAGAAUGAUCCUCGCUCUCUCCGUAGCCUCCUUCUUUCCUGUGCUGCUGCAGCUCCCGAAAGCUUAUCUUAUGCUCGCUAUGUAUUCUCUCGGAUUCCUUCUCCAGAUACCUUCGCUUACAACACCAUCAUACGAGCACAUUCUCACUAUUUUCCUUCUCAUUCUUUGUCCUGUUUCUCUUCUAUGCGGUGCAAUGGCGUCCCCUGUGAUCAUUUCACAUUCCCAUUUGUUCUCAAGGCAUGUUCUCGAUUGCAAAUGGAUCUUCACUUGCAUUCCCUUAUUGUUAAGUAUGGUUUGGACUCUGAUAUUUUUGUGCAGAAUUCGUUGAUGAGUGUUUAUGGUUGCUGUGGGUCUGUUGAGAUUGCAGUCAAGGUGUUUGAUGAAAUGUCUGAGAGAGAUUCUGUUUCUUGGUCUACUGUUAUUGUUUCUUUUGUUAAUAAUGGCUAUGCAUCUGAGGCUUUGGCCUUGUUUAAGGCAAUGCAGCUGGAAGAUAAAGUAGUUCCUGAUGAGGUAACCAUGCUCAGUGUGAUAUCUGCGAUCUCGCACUUGGGAGCAUUAGAAUUGGGUCGUUGGGUUCGGAUGUUUAUCGACAAGCUUGGCUUGGAAAUUUCUGUUGCUUUGGGCACUGCUCUUAUUGAUAUGUUCUCCAGAUGUGGCUCCAUUGAUGAAUCAGUUGUAGUAUUUGAAGAGAUGGCGGUGAGGAAUGUGUUGACAUGGACCGCGCUGAUAAACGGGUUUGCAGUCCACGGUCGCAGUAGGGAGGCUUUGGCAGUGUUCCACAGCAUGAGGAAUUCAGGGGUACAGCCAGAUUAUAUAACCUUUUCUAGUGUCUUAGUAGCUUGUAGCCAUGGCGGUCUUGUAAGAGAAGGUCGGGAUAUUUUCGAAAGCAUUUCGAAGGAUUAUAAGAUGGUUCCUUAUCUAGAGCAUUAUGGCUGCAUGGUUGAUCUUCUUGGCCGUGCAGGGCUGCUGAAUGAAGCUUACGAAUUUGUCGAAAGAAUGCCAAUGAAGCCGAAUUCAAUCAUCUGGAGGACCCUUCUCGGAGCAUGUGCGAAUCACAACGAUCUCGAUAUAGCUGAGAAGGUGAAGGCGAAGAUCUCUGAGCUAAACUCGUCGCACGAUGGCGAUUUUGUGCUUCUAUCCAAUGUGUAUGGAGCAGCUGGUAGAUGGGUAGAGAAGACAUCGGUGAGGAGUUGGAUGAGAAGCAAAAGAAUAGGCAAAGAACCUGGCUGUAGUUUGAUUAAUAUAGACCAAGCGACUCACGAGUUUGUUUCUGGGGACGAUUCUCAUCCACAGUCCGAGGAGAUAACGAAGUUCUUGAGCUUGAUUAUUGGGAAUCUAAGAAACAGCGGUUACACGCCUCGCACGGAAAAUGUACUACACGAUAUCGACGAGGAAGAAAGAGAGCAUUCCUUAAGUUAUCACAGUGAGAAAUUAGCCGUGGCUUUUGCUCUUCUUAGUUUAAAGGAUAAAAGGACGAUAAGGGUCAUGAAGAAUCUUAGAAUUUGUCAUGACUGUCAUUCGUUUAUGAAACAUAUUUCAGACAGGUAUGAGAGGAAGAUAAUCAUUCGGGAUCGCAAUCGGUUUCAUCAUUUUGAUAAAGGAUCAUGUUCAUGUCAUGAUUAUUGGUGAAAUUUCUCCCUUGAGUUGUUCCCUCUUCCCAUUUAUCUGUUCUUCAACUACGCCAAUCCUUUAAUGGUUAUUACAAUUUCAUGAACUUCAAUUAUAAAUCAGAACCAAGAAUCAGCAUAUCACCGAAUAGAUGGUGAUGUUUUCGACGUUGGACAGGUGAAUAUCAUGUAAGAACUUGCUCUUAAGAGAGGAGAAUGAUAACGAACUUCAACCAUAAAUCAACACCAGGAAUUGGCAUAUCGCCACAUGUGGAUGGUAAUGUUUUCGGUGGCAGACAGAUGAAUAUCACGUAAGAACUUGCCCUUGAGGGAAGGGGAAUGACAACGAACUUCAAUUAUAAAUUAGCACCAAGAAUCAGCAUGUCGCCGAAUGGAUGAUGAUGUUUCCAGUGGCAGACAAGUGAGUGAAUAUCCCAUAAGAACUUGCCCUUGAGAGAAAGGAGAACAACAAACUUCCAUGCCCUUGAGAGAAGGAGAACAACAAACUUCCAUUAUAAAUCGACAUGUCGGUCGAAUGGAUGGUGAUAUUUCCAGUGGCGGAUAGGUGAAUGGGGAAUAGGUGAAUAUCACAUAAGAACUUGCCCUUGAAAGAAGGGGAACAACAAACUUCAAUUAUAAAUCAGAACCAAGAAUCGACAUGUUGCGGGCGGACGGGUGAAUAUGAUCACGUAGGAACCUGCCCUGCGCUUGAGAGGAGGGGAACAACAGCUGAAACCCCGCCUGAAUAUCACGUAGGAACCUGCCCUGCUCGUGAGAGGAGGGGAACAACAGCGGAAACCUGCCUGAAUAUCACGUCGGAAUCUGCCCCGCCCUGCCCUUGAGAGGAGGGGAACAACCACUGAUAAAACUAUUUCUCAUAAGUUGAAAAUGAUUGUA